AGUGGUGGCAAUAAUGGACGUGGACAUCCUGGAGGUCGACCCCGAGGCUCGACACCAGGUCUACAAAGACGUCAUCGCCCUCCAGGGGCCUCCCGAUGGAACUAUCCUGGUGUCGCUGUGCACCUCCGGCCCUGAUGACUACUUUGAUGACGCGCUCAUCGAUGAACUGCUGGACAAGUUUGCGAACUUUGGAGAAGUGAUUCUCAUCAGGUUUGUGGAGGAGAGGAUGUGGGUGACCUUCCUUGAAGGUUACUCCGCUCUCGCUGCUUUAUCCCUCUGUGCGUCCACUGUCCUUGGUAAAACCAUUGACAUCCGUUUGAAGAGUCCAGGCUGGAUCAAGAGUCUGGAGGAGGAGAUGAGUGCGGAGCGAAUCUGUGGCAGCAUCCCUACCUCUGCCAGCUCCACUCUACUGGCCGAGGACACGGACAUGGGCGAUGAUGAUUAUGACAUGGAAGGUGGGUUUUGACGGACGUUCGAUCCUCAU